AUGUCUGAGGAGGCUAAACCUCCCACUCCCAGCAAGCCCUCGCUUGCACCCAACAGCCCUCGUGCUGAGUCUCCAACCACUGCACGCCCCCUGGAUUUUGACGAUGAACCCCAGGAUAGCGGAACAGCCUCUGCCUCUCCAGCGGCUGCGCAACCACCCUCUACCGAAGCUGCCCCGCCAAAGCCGCCCCGGCCCUUGGGCCCCAGAGAACAAUCAGAGCUCACUCUGAAGGAAGUGUUCCCUACUGUUGAUUCCUCAGUAGUCAAGGCAGUGUUGGUGGCGAGCAAUUGGAAUGUUGAAAGAGCAUUCAAUGCCCUUCUCGGCAUGACCGAUCCCACUGCGCAAGAGGACAUGGUUCCUCCUCCAAAACCGCCUCGCCCCGCCCAGUCCGCGACUUCCACUACUCAGCGUCAAUUAGAAUCUGAUGAGAUGUACGCGCGCCAACUAGCCGAACACUACAAUGCAUCAGGGCGCCGUGGGCCACCUGCAGGCUGGGAAAAUGACCCGCGGUAUCGGCGGCCGAGGGGAAGCGAGGAAUCAGACGAGAGGGAAUAUAACUUCUUUGAUGAUGACCUACCUGUCAUUCGUGAGAACCUCCGAAAAGGUUUCUUGGAUACGCAGACCAAGGUCAACUCGUGGGUACAAAAUUUGAAGAAGAGAAUUGAUGGGGAGGAUGUGGACGAGGAACCCAGUCAGACCCAUCGAGAAGCUUCGCCGUAUGGCCGACCCCGCCCCAGCGGUGAAUUAGGCCGUCGCAGCGGGGAUCGUGAGCGCUAUGAUGCUGAUCCUCAGGUCCUGGGUGAUGACUUCUCUGCACUUGAGCUGAGGGAUUCUGAAGCCCCGCCACCUCAACCGCCCCGUCCGGGGAAUUCCCAAAGGCCAUCGCCCUCGCCUGAUCGACGUAAGGUGUCAUUCCAGGAAGGCCCGCCCACUGAGAUUGAUAGUCUCUACGAUGCCUCCACGCCCGCCAAGCGUCCUUCUACGGGAGGCAGGCCAAGCAAAUGGCAACCUCUGGCUACCGUGGAGCCUUCUCCGGUGGCUGAAAAUGAUCCGUUCAGCCUUGGUGAUAGCGAUGACGAGAAAGACACUAAGCCCAAAGAACAACCCACAGGGGACAGUGAGCAGAUCAAGAAAGCUACUGCAGAGGCGAUGGCUGGUGACAUGGGUUCCUCCAAGGAGACAGAAUCCAAGGACACCAGGCCUGAGGAUUCAAAGUGA